CUUAAAUAAGAACGCAGUUAUUUUCUCGCUCUCUUUGCUCUGAACAAAUUAUUGUCUAAAAGUUUAAUUAAUUCAAUUUAAGGACGAACUGUAAAGUUUAAAUAAGUAAAAAUGCGUGAAAUAGUACAUGUACAGGUUGGACAGUGUGGAAAUCAAAUCGGUGGAAAGUUUUGGGAAGUAAUAUCCGAUGAACACGGUAUUGAUGCAACUGGAUGUUAUCAUGGAGAUUCUGAUCUCCAAUUAGAACGCAUAAAUGUCUACUAUAAUGAAGCGUCAGGUGGAAAAUACGUUCCAAGAGCUAUUUUGGUUGAUUUGGAAUGUGGAACAAUGGAUUCAGUUCGUGCAGGACCCUUUGGACAGCUUUUCAGACCUGAUAACUUUGUAUUUGGCCAGUCGGGAGCUGGCAACAAUUGGGCUAAGGGCCAUUAUACAGAAGGAGCUGAAUUGGUUGAUUCCGUUUUGGAUAUCGUCCGUAAAGAAGCUGAAGGAUGUGAUUGUCUUCAGGGCUUUCAAAUGACACAUUCCCUUGGAGGUGGAACUGGUAGUGGAAUGGGAACUUUAUUGAUCUCAAAGAUACGUGAAGAAUAUCCAGAUCGUAUCAUGAAUACUUACUCAGUCGUUCCAUCACCAAAAGUUUCCGACACAGUCGUUGAACCAUACAAUGCAACUUUAUCUGUUCAUCAAUUGGUUGAAAAUACAGAUGAGACAUACUGUAUUGACAAUGAAGCACUUUAUGAUAUUUGCUUCCGCACAUUAAAGCUCACAACGCCAACAUAUGGCGAUUUAAAUCAUCUUGUCUCAUGCACAAUGUCUGGAGUUACCACUUGCUUACGUUUUCCUGGACAAUUGAAUGCAGAUUUACGUAAAUUAGCUGUAAAUAUGGUUCCAUUCCCACGUCUUCAUUUCUUCAUUACUGGCUUUGCACCUUUAACAUCUCGUGGAUCUCAGUCAUAUCGUGCAUUAACGGUUCCAGAACUUACUCAACAAAUGUUUGACGCAAAGAAUAUGAUGGCAGCUUGCGAUCCACGUCAUGGACGUUAUUUAACCGUUGCUACAAUAUUCCGUGGCAGAAUGUCGAUGAAAGAAGUCGACGAACAAAUGAUUAAUAUACAGCAUAAGAAUAGCAGUUAUUUCGUCGAAUGGAUACCAAAUAAUGUUAAGGUAGCAGUUUGUGACAUUCCACCUCGUGGACUUAAAAUGAGUGGUACAUUUAUUGGAAAUUCGACAGCAAUUCAAGAGCUAUUUAAGCGAGUCUCAGAACAAUUUACUGCCAUGUUUCGUCGUAAGGCUUUCUUACAUUGGUACACUGGCGAAGGAAUGGACGAAAUGGAAUUUACUGAAGCCGAGAGCAAUAUGAAUGACUUGAUAUCGGAAUAUCAACAAUACCAAGAAGCAACUGCUGACGAAGACAUUGAAGCUGAUUUCGAAGAAGAAGAAGAACAGUAAAUUCAUUUUUCAGGCAUGACAUUUUCCAUUUUUGUUUCCAAAUUAUUUGAUGUAAGGAAUUUGUGUACUUAUUGUCAUAAGCAAAGUUAUGAUUAUAUUCCAUGUUUAAUAAAUUAUUAAUAGUUGACGCUUGCUUGGCUUCACCACAGGAACCAGACCCUUUUUAAUUAAUCAUUUUCAUUACUUAAAUUAAUUUUUUUGUUUGUUUGUUUUUCAGUAUUGAUAUUUAC